AUGGCCGCCGCCGCCGCCGCCGCCGCCGCGCUUGGCCUGAGUCUUCUCCCCCGACGCCGGAGCCUCCCCGUCAAGAUCGCCUCCAGGGUCUCCCCCAGGAUCAAUGCCGCAGCAAAGGAGAGCACCCAAUCCCUGGCGCAGCGGCCGCUCUCAGAGCUCCAGCACUCUGUCGCCGGAGCCCUUGCAGAGGGAUCCCCCUUCCUCACCGCCGCAGUAGCUGCCUCAGUGAUCACAUUGCCUUCCUUCGUCUCGCCCCAGGAUGCCAUGGCCGUCGGCGGGGAGCUUGGGAUUCUGGAGGGCCGGACUCUGGCGCUCGUCCAUCCUGUCGUCAUGGGGGGACUCUUCGUCUACACCCUGUGGGCGGGCUACCUCGGAUGGCAGUGGCGGCGCAUCCGGACCAUCCAGGAUGAGGUCAACGAGCUCAAGAAGCAGGUGAAGCCGGCGCCGUCAGCCGUGCUGUCCACCGGCGCCGAGGAGGCAGCUGCCCCUCCGGCCGCGCCGUCCCCAGUAGAAUCUAAGAUCCUGCAGCUCACUGAGGUGAAACCCAUCCGAUCAUCUCCUCUUCUUCCUCGGAGAAACCCAAUUAGCUGCUUAUAUAUGUGAGGAUGGUCCUGCAGGAGAGGAAAGUUCUUCUCAAGGGCUCGUACAGGGAACGACACUUCAACGCGGGUUCGAUACUUCUGGGCUUCGGAGUGUUCGAGGCCGUCGGUGGCUGCCUGAACACCUGGUUCCGCACCGGGAAGCUCUUCCCGGGGCCGCAUCUGUUCGCCGGCGCCAGUACGAGCUCUCUCCUCCCUCUCCAUUAAAAUGCAGAAGAAAGCAGUCUGAUACGGAGUUCCUAUAGUGUCGCUGACCCACUGCCCGUCUGACGUCGAUGCAGCCAUCACCGUCCUGUGGGCGGCUGCCGCAGCACUGGUCCCUUCAAUGCAGAAGGGCAACGAAUCGGCGAGGAAUCUUCACAUCGCGUUGAAUGGCCUCAACCUCCUGCUCUUCGCAUGGCAGAUCCCAACUGGUAUCGAAAUCGUUUUAAAGGUCCUAGAGUUCACUACAUGGCCUUGA